ACUCUUAUUUUAUUGGGAAUCAAUGAACUCAUCAAUGGUGCACGAACAUUCGCUCAAGUCAAUAUUCGAUAAAAAUGUUCUCGUCCAGGAUUUUCUUAUAUCCACAACCAAACGGGGGUGAUGACCAAAACAUAUAUACAAAUACAUGUACAUCACAGAUGAACAUCAUCGUACCUAACCGACCUUCACCAUCCUUCCCACCAUUCCAUUGACUGGUAGUUUUCAAAACUCCCCAUUUCUCUCCCUUACCACUCAAGCUCUUAUUCAUGGAGAUUCCUCCUCAUCUAAUACUCUCUCAUUCAUGGAGAAUCCCUCAGAAACACUCCCAGCAGACGUCUCAGAUUCUUCACCUUCUCUCGGAGAAUUCUCCGGCCAUGAUCUCUGCGUCGAGCUCGAAUCUCUCCAGGCGAAGUCGUUGGCCAUGGAAGACACCCUGAAUCUCCUCCGCCGCGAGCGAGACGAGGCUUUAGCUCAGACCGCAGAUUUGAUCGUCGUUGUCGGAGUUAUCUCGAGUGAAAAGGACUCUCUUUUGGACAGACUUAGCGGGAUCGAAGCUUACGUGAGAGAAAAACAAGAGGAGUUUGCGGCAAGAAUCCAGAGGCUUGAAAACGAAGCCGGGAUUUUUGGGGAGAGAAUCGAAGAACUUGAAAUCGCGAGAGAACGAAGCAGUGAUUUCUUGUUGAAGUUUUCGGACUCAGUAAGGUCCGUGAAGGAGAGCUUGUGUAGGAUCAUCAAUAAUGUGGCUGCUACUAAUGGCGUAAAAAUUAGCGAUUUGAUCGGUAUAGAAUCGGAUUUGAACGAAGAAUUGAGGAUGAUCACAAGGCUUUCUUCAGAAGCCGAAGAGAAGGUGAACGAAUAUAUAGAAAUUAGGAAGAAGGAGAAGAGGGAAUUGGAGAAUAGUGUGGUGAGUUUGACUGAAGAAAAUAGGGACAUUAACAAUUUGCUGAGAGUUGCCUUGUUGGAGAAGGAAGCUGUGGAGAGGAAGUUGAAAGGGAAUAGCGAGCACAAGAGAGUGGCCAUUUUGGAGAUGGCAGAAAGAGGUCUGCAGAGAGCUGGGUUUGGAUUUAUGAUGGGAAGUGGGAAUGCUAAGCAAUUUUCAGAGAGUUUGGGGGCUAAGUCGGAUAGUAGCGAGUGCGAAGAGGAGAUUGUUAGCCUGGCAUCAACUGUGGAGAGGAUAAUGAAGAAUUUACGGAUUGAGAUCACUCAGUUGAGAAGAUCUUUGGAAGAAUCUAGGUCAGACACUGAGCGCCUGCAGAGUCUUACAGAGAAACAAGCUCAAUAUAUUGCGGAAAACAUGAUGUACAUCAAGGAGUUAGAAGAAAGAGAGAGGGCGUUGGCUCAAAAUGUUGAGGAGCUCUUGAUGGAAAUAAAAGAAACCGAAGCAGAGGUAGCAAGAUGGAGGGAAGCUUGUGAGUUAGAGGUUGAAGCUGGGAAACUGGUGAUUGGAGAACGUGACAAAGUGAUUGCCAUUCUGAAGCAAGAAUUGGAGAAAAAUAAGGCUGCUUUAGACAUAUCAAAUGGAAAACUAAAGCUGAAGGAAGAACUUGCAGCUGCAGCAAUGGCUGCGCAGGCUGCGGCGGAGAAGUCCCUAGAGCUAGCUGACAGCAGGGCUGUGGGACUCCGUGAGCGGAUAGAGGAACUAUCGAGACAAUUAGAAGAGGCAGAGAGCCGAGAGCGAAGUAGUCGUAGGGUGAGACAUAUAUGUUGGCCAUGGCGAGCCCUCAAAGCAAGCAAUGUAAAUAAUAGAUUGCAAGAUGUACGGCGGAUGCUACCAGAAAUGCAAGCUAUUUUUUUAGUCUGAUGUAUCAAUCUUCUGUUGAGCUACUAAUGAUAUAGUUCAAUUUCUU